GACCCUGCAAAGGCCCAGGAGGCCGUCGCCAACAUCAAAAACCACAGCCCUAGUUCCGAUGCGCCCGUCUACUCUAUCGAGCUUCGGCUGGACUCCCUGGCGUCGGUGCGCGCAGCGGCAGAGGCGUUCUGUGCCCAAAGCGACAGGCUGAACGUCCUCAUCCUCAACGCCGGGGUCCUGGCUACGCCGCAGGGGAAAACAGAAGACGGCAUCGAGACCCAAUUCGCGACGAACCACCUGGGCCAUUUCCUCCACUUCCAGCUGCUCAAGCCGGUGCUCCUCGCCUCCACCGUCCACCUCGACGACGUAAACUUUGAAAAGGGGGAGUACAAGCCCUGGGAUGCGUACGGGCGCUCCAAGACGUCCAACGUACUCUUCGCCAACCAGGUCGAGCGGCGCUACGGCGCCGAGGGGCUGCACGGCCUCUCGGUCAAUCCGGGCCUUAUCCUCACCAACCUGCUCCAGCACUGCGACAGGGACGAGUUCCGCAGCCUCAUGAGCAGCGACGCGGCACAGGUGCUCAUCAGCGCCCCUGCCCAGGGCGCGGCGACCACCACCUACGCCGCGGUGGGCGCCGAGUGGGAGGGCCUGGGCGGGAGGUAUCUCGCCGACCUGGCCGAUAAAACUGAUGCCGGCGACAUGACAGGCCCGGCGUCGUGGACAAAGGAUAAGCAGUUGCAAAAGGAGCUCUGGGAAAAGUCCAACCAGCUUGCAGGGGUUAAGGAAUGA